AGCUAUAUCUGACUAUAAGACUAUCUGGAGAAAGUCUCAUUUACCUCUUGUUAGAGGUUUGGCUGCCUUGUCUCAACUAUGAGUCAGUUCUUCAUUUUAUCCAACCUGUUCACAUUGCCCUCCCUGGAAGUCUGGGCCACCCAAUGGGCCCCUUGCCUGCCCCUCUUUAGCCCACAAUUAAUUGCCAACACAUUCUUUCUUCUUCUCCUUCUUUUUUUGGUAUUUGACAUCAGCUCAAAUUGCUGAGAAAGGUGACAACUGUGAAAUGAAGACAGGGCUUGGAGACACCUUAAAAAAUACAUGUGAAGGCCACUAAAUGACAAGAGCAGACUGCCAUCCUCUUUCAAAACAUCACCAUGUCUGUUGACUUUCCAUUCCUGGUCCACAGCACAAAAUUGGAGGUCAAAGAAUCAUAGGAGUUAGAGAUGGAAAAGACAUUUGGGGUCAGCCAGUUCAUUCCUCCGCCUUCCCUGCCCCUGAUUCCAAAUCAUUCCUUACAUUAUAUUUUCUCUCCUAGCUCUUGUACAGUUUUCACGGUCUUCAUUCAACCCCGGCUGUCACCUUUGGGGAAUGAUGCUGGAGGUUCUGUCCAGUUUCUCCUUAGCAAAGAGAGAUGUUGCCUUUGUCCCUCGUUGACAUUCGUGAACUUCUUUGUUGGUGGUCUCAGCUGAGAGACCAAAGUCUAACUGGAUGACUCUUUGUUGCCUGGCAUUGGGGCUUUUCUGGACAGAAUUGAAGAGCAUUUAGAGAAUGAUGAUAUUGGGCAAGGGAUAAAGGGCUGGGGUACAAGGUAGCCAUUGUUGAAUUUGUUCCUAGAUUUUUGUUUUUCAGGUAUCUUGAUCUGGAAGGGGAUUUAUGUGUGUAUGAGAAAGUCCAUAUUGAAAGGGUGAAUCAAGAUUCAGAUAUGGGUGGUGUGUGUGCUUAAGAGAGGACUCCCUUCAAAAGAUGACCAGUGUACCUGUGAAGGAUCGGGUGAAGGUGUCUCAGAACUGGAGGCUGGGGCGCUGUCGAGAGGGGAUUCUGCUGAAGUGGAGAUGCAGUCAGAUGCCAUGGAUGCAGCUAGAGGAUGAUUCUCUGUACAUAUCCCAGGCUAAUUUCAUCCUGGCCUACCAGUUUCGCCCAGAUGGUGCCAGCUUGAACCGUCGGCCUCUAGGAGUCUUCGCUGGUCAUGAUGAGGACGUCUGCCACUUUGUGCUGGCCAAUUCACAUAUUAUCAGUGCAGGAGGAGAUGGGAAGAUUGGCGUUCAUAAGAUUCACAGCACCUUCACUGUCAAGUACUCGGCUCAUGAACAGGAGGUGAACUGUGUGGAUUGCAAAGGGGGCAUCAUUGUGAGUGGCUCCAGGGACAGGACUGCCAAGGUAUGGCCUUUGGCCUCAGGCCGGCUGGGGCAGUGCUUACAUACCAUCCAGACUGAAGAUCGAGUCUGGUCCAUUGCUAUCAGCCCAUUACUCAGCUCUUUUGUCACAGGGACGGCUUGUUGUGGGCACUUCUCACCCCUGAGAAUCUGGGACCUCAACAGUGGGCAGCUGGUGACACACCUGGGCAGUGACUUUCCCCCAGGGGCGGGGGUGCUAGACGUCAUGUAUGAGUCCCCUUUCACACUGCUGUCCUGUGGCUAUGACACCUACGUGCGCUACUGGGACCUCCGCACCAGUGUCCGGAAAUGUGUCAUGGAGUGGGAGGAGCCCCACGACAGCACCCUGUACUGCCUGCAGACAGAUGGCAACCACCUGCUGGCCACAGGUUCCUCCUACUACGGCGUGGUGCGGCUAUGGGACCGGCGACAAAGGGCCUGCCUGCACGCCUUCCCGCUGACGUCGACCCCCCUGAGCAGCCCUGUGUACUGCCUGCGUCUCACCACUAAGCAUCUCUAUGCUGCGCUGUCUUACAACCUCCAUGUCCUGGAUUUUCAGAACCCGUGACUGGCAGGGCCACCCCUGCCUGUGGGCCAGAGAAGCCAGCUACUCAGGGACCACUCUUGCCUGGAGGGUGUGGUGAUAGCUCGUCCCCACUGCCCCCACUGUGUUCCUAGACCUGUGUGACCCCAGUGCGUGGGUACCUUAAACUAGAGGCUUCUGACUCCUGGGGCUCUGGGGCUUACCCAGAGAUGCAGUCCCUUCCAGGAACCUGUUGGAGAGAGAAGACCUGCUGCUUUGGCAAAGUGCAGCUGAAACUGGGCCUUGUGUCCCUGUUUGACCAGAGCAAAGAUCUGGCCCGAAGAGGCCCACCCUGCACCCCACCCCUUCUUAGAGCCAUAACAGCCUACAGAGUGAGGUGAGGUGCACCCACCUUCAUGGUCCCUUUAUGCCCCUUCUUGGAAGAAGAGGUGAGGCUGCUAAUACCCCCUAUUGGCAUUAGCCACCUCAGUCUCAGUCAGACCCCACCCUUGACCAACCUCUUAGGGCUGGGGGUUCAUUCCUGGGCCACUUAGUUUUGCUUUGAAACCAAGAAAGGACAAAGGGAAUGCAGUAGUUCUGAGUGAGUUCUGAGCCAGCCCUUCCUCAGGCCGGCUGUUGAGACAUGCUACAAUUUUCAUUUUUGUAAAAAUAAAGCUUGACUGUUCA